ACCACUGACUGCUGCUUGCACUUUAUUCCGUUCAAAAUCGACACUGCAAAGAACGAGGGUUUGUCUCUCCUCCUGUUUAUCAAUCACACUUUAAUCUUUGUUGCUUGCAUUGCGUCUUUUCUUAAAGAGAAUCGAAAUCCAGUUCAUAAUUCAUCUCAUUCUCAUCUCAGUCUUAACCAUCUUUCGUUUUACUGCCAUUGUUGGGUUUGUAAGCUGUUUUGGGUUGGUGGGGUUUUGAGAAAUAAGAGGCGCAUGAGUUGGUAGCCCAGGAACCAUCAUGGAUGAGGUUUCCAAAAAGAACAAGUUUUCUUGGUCUAAAUCACUGGUGAGAAAAUGGUUCAGUAUCAAGAGCAAACGAGAGGAGUUUCAGACGGAUAAAGUAUCCGAAAGGGAGCCACCUGCAAUCAAGAAGACGAAAACAGAAAAAUCAAGCAACAGCAGUAGUCGUAGCAGGCGGAGUAGAGUUGAUCUUGAACACCCGCAGAUUAUAAACGUGCAUAAUUACAGUAUUUUUGCAGCUACAUGGAAUGUGGGAGGAAAAUCCCCUUCUAGCAAUAUGAAUCUUGAUGAUUGGCUACAUGCUGCUCCGCCAGCAGACAUAUAUGUACUUGGGUUUCAAGAAGUAGUUCCUCUAAAUGCUGCUAAUAUUCUUGGCGCCGAAGACAAUGGCCCUGCGAAAAAAUGGCUAUCGUUAAUCCGUAGGACACUGAACAACCGGCCGGGUACAGGUGGAGGAAGCGGGUGCUACACGCCCUCCCCUGUACCCGACCCGAUUGCUGAGUAUGAUGCCGAUUUCGAGGGCUCUUCAAGACAGAAAACUUCAAACAUGUUCCAUCGACGCUCGUUUCAGGCUCCAAGAACCUGGAGAAACGAAAACGACCCGUCAGUGAGUCAACCGAGGCUUGACCGGCGAUACAGUGUAUGCGACCGGGCCUUCUUUGGUCAUAGACCAAGUGAUUACUCUUCCUCGAGUCAUAGACCGAGUGACUAUAGACCGAGUGAUUAUAGGAUGAGUGAUUAUAGACCGAGUGACUAUAGACCGAGUGAUUAUUCCUCGUCUAGUCGCAGACCGAGUGAUUAUUCUUCAAGUUACAGGCCGAGUGACUAUUCAUUUAAUAACAGGCCGAGUGACUACUCUUCUGGUAACCGGUUGAGUGAUUACUCUUCGUGGGGUCAAAGACCGAGUGACGGGUCAAGAUCUGAGGAUGAUUAUGGCCCACCCAUGGAAGAUUCACCGAGCACGAACUCAUUCUCACCAGCAUCUGCUGUCCCUAUGGACGACACGCAUCGAAUGCCAGCUCACUCUCAGUACUGUUUGGUUGCAAGUAAACAGAUGGUUGGUGUGUUUCUGACUGUUUGGGUGAAGAGUGAGUUAAGGGAGCAUGUUAGAAACUUGAAAGUGUCUUGUGUUGGCAGAGGGUUGAUGGGCUAUCUUGGAAAUAAGGGAUCUGUAUCUGUGAGUAUGUUGUUGCAUCAAACGAGUUUUUGCUUCGUUUGUAGCCAUUUGACUUCGGGUCAGAAGGAGGGCGAUGAACUACGAAGGAACUCGGAUUUCAUGGAAAUCGUUAAGAAAACAAGGUUUCCACGCGUUCAAGGCAUGAAUGAUGAAAAAUCCCCUGAAACGAUCCUAGCACACGAUCGAGUUAUCUGGCUAGGGGAUCUAAAUUACCGAAUUGCCCUCUCGUAUCGAUCUGCAAAGGCGCUUGUUGAAAUGCAGAACUGGAGAGCAUUGUUGGAGAAAGAUCAGCUGCGAAUCGAGCAAAGAAGGGGCCGCGUAUUCCAAGGAUGGAAUGAAGGGAAGAUAUACUUUCCGCCAACGUAUAAGUACCUCACUAAUUCAGACAGAUAUACAGGAGACAGUUUACACCAUAAGGAGAAAAGACGGACUCCUGCGUGGUGUGACCGGAUACUAUGGCAUGGUCAAGGUCUUCAUCAGUUAUCAUACGUGCGUGGCGAAUCAAGAUUUUCGGAUCAUAGGCCCGUGUACAGCAUAUUCUGGGCUGAGGUCCAGUCGGUCCAAAGCCGUUUUAGAAGAAGCAUGAGUUCUAGACUCGACUAUGGCGAGGCAUUGUUGCCAUACUCGCAUGGCUAUACCGAACUAUGCUUUUUUUAACCCGCCAACAAAACAAAUGGAACACACAAAGGCCAAUUUUCAUUGUUAGGUUCGCGCCACAAAUCGCGUAUCAUCAUAUCU